AUGGAUGUUCACUAUAUCCGAUUCCAGGGUGAAGACGGAAGGGAAAUAUCUUGCCUUCUUGGCGAGAAUAAGGCGGCGAACUUGCAUCACCUGGUGCGUAUCACGCCCUCGAAUUCGCGUAUGGUGAAGCAUUUGGACGAAUCGCAGCGAGCGAUGCUUGCAAAUAUGCCCGGUUUCCAGACGGAAAAGGUGGGAUGCGUAAUGGCCGACGGAUAUGAAGCUGUUCAGCUGUCCUUGAUUGUCGCCACGUUUCUCCUUGGACAACCCAACUCUGAAAUGGCCAGAGAGCAGUGGAAACACGAACUGGGCUACGCGUAA